AUGGCUGCCUGCAGCCUGGCACUGGGACUGUGGCUCUUACUGCUUCUCCAGGAUACCCAGACAGCUCCACAGACAUCAUUAACCCCAUCUCAUUCCUGUGAUACACUUAAGAAUUGGUUCUAUGAUGAAACUUCACAAAGCUGCUGUUACCAGUGUCCCUCAGGCUCUGUUAAAAAGAGAGUAUGUCCUAGAGACCCAGAUGAAGACUGCAUGAGAUGUGGACCUGAACAAUAUGUGAAUGAAGCGUCCCUGAAGCCACAAUGUGACGCUUGUGUAUCAUGUGCAGAACCUGACCUUGUGGAGAAAGAGCCCUGUUCCUUCAAUUCCAGCCGUGUCUGUGAGUGCCGACCAGGCCUCUUUUGUCAGACCUCUGUCCUGUACAGCUGCAUGCGAUGCCAGCAGCACACUGUUUGCAAGCCUGGUUUUGGAGUCAAAAUCAGAGGUACCUCGACGAAUGAUGUUACUUGUGAAAAGUGCCCUUCUGGGACCUUCUCUGAUCAAAACUCUAGCACUGACAUCUGCAAGCCCCACACAAACUGUGCUGAGUUAAACAAAGUGGCACUAAAUGAAGGAAAUGCCACACAUGAUCAGGUUUGUCUGGACCAGUUGCCCACCUACCUCAGCCCAAGCAUGAGAUUCAGCAAUGACACAAGUAACUCUGACCUGCGAGGGUUUAAGGAGAACCUGGUGACCACUGUUAGUAUCAUUUUAAGUGCCACAGCAACUGAAAACCCCAGUUCAACUCCUGAGGAGAAAGCUCUGGCUGGCACUUUUCCCACCUCAGCCAAGGGGGAAACAACCACAGCAGGUCCAGUUCUUUGGGCAGUGGUUCUCUCUGUGGUAGUGCCACUUGUGGCUAUGCUGUUAUUCUGGAAAUGGAAAGUUUGCAAGAAGCUCAUCCUCAAAGCAAAGAGUUCGGAUCUGGUGACCAAGCAUACAGAGAUCAUAAUGACUGCUGACAGAGGGCCAGAAGAGAAGGAGUUAAUUGACAACAAUAACGUGGUCUCCAGCAGAGAGAAAGCCUGUAGUCCUGAUCCGAAUCUGACUGAUGUGACACAGAGCAAUGGAAAUGCCCCAGACUGCCCAAUCGAUUCUCCAGUGAGAGACCACACAAAUAACAGAAUUGAGAACUUAUACAUCUUGAAGGCCAACACUGUUAUUGUGGGGUCCACUUCAGGCAAAAACUGUACUGCUAGGGGAUGUGAAAGCAAUGUGGAUGACGGUGAGAAAAUGGAAGAGGUACUGGAAAUGCACUAUCCAGAGCAGGAAACAGAGUAUUUUCCAGGGAAUGAUGUGACGGUUCCUGUGGAAGAGGAGGGAAAGGAAUUUCAUCACCCCACCACUGCCACUGAAAAGUGA